CACCGGCUCGCAGACCUUAGGACCCUGAGGAGCCGCCUCUUCGCUUGCUUCCCCGGCCCAGGCGGCAAGUCCCGCCACUUCAUGGAAGUGCAUCCUGCUCCGGCCUAUAUUUCCUUGCAAAAGGAGCUCUUGUCCGUUCAGUGGAACUGGGCCUACAGCUAGGAUCCCCUUGCGGAUAAGAAUGCCGGGCUCGGACCAACCCCAACCCCGCUCCUGGUUCACAGCAGCAUCUUUAAAGCACUAUAAAAUAUGCCAAUUAAAACUUAUUAAAAGAAUGCCAGGGCACUUCUGUGCGCAGGCCUGUGCACAGCCAGCCGUGGGCCACUGUGCCUGCAGCCCCCUGGACUGGGGAAGUCUUUGGGCUGGUUCUUUAGAGCUCAAUGUUGACCUUCAGGAACAUGUUUUCCUUUCCCAUCUUUGCCACAUGGUUGCUCUGGUCACUUGGCGUUUUAACCUUUCAGCGGCAGCACGGCCCUCCUCCUCCCUUCCUUAGGAGGAGUAGUGUGUGUGCCACGUAUUUCCAGGCGAAGAACUGAAGAAGUAAAAGGAGAGGAGGGGGAAGCAUCCAUCAUGCUCUCGGGUUUCAAAUUCGCAAAACGGAGAGCUGAGGCUCUUCCCCACCCUUCGUUCCCUCUUCUGCUGCUGCUGCGUUUGAAGCUCAGUCCAUUCCAGCUGGAAAGCUCCUCUUGUUUCGAUGCUCUGGCAUCUCCGGAAAGCUGCAAUCCAUCAGACAAGGUUUCAUUAAAUGCCCUACAUUUUCACUGCCCGGGAUUUGGAGACCGAAAAGGCCUGUUUCCGCUCGACGUCAAUGCAUGUCUGGCUGAAAUGCCAGCAGGUUUUUCCAGUAGCCCAAGGCCGUCUCAGAAAGGGACGAUAUCCACAAGCUGGACAAGGCUGUGGCUGCUGCCCACACUUUCUUCGUGGCCAAUCCAGACCACAUGGAGAUGCGGCAGAACCUGGAGUACUACCAGAUGAUGGUCGGUGUGAAAGACAGUGACUUCGUGGACUUGGAGGCUAAGCCGCACAUGGAAGAAUUCCGCCUUGGCGUGAGUUACUACACCGAAGAGAAGCCGCAGGCUGCCAUCCUGCACCUGGAGAAGGCUCUGGAAGGAUACUGGGCCGCCGACACCGAAUGCCGAGCUCUUUGCGAAGGGGCCUACGAUCACGAAGGCUACAACUUCUUGGAGUACAACGCCGACCUUUUCCAAGCGAUUGUGGAUCAUUACACACAGGUGUUGAGCUGCAAGCAAGGCUGUGCCGUGGAACUCGCUUCUCAGGCUGGCCGUGACAAGCCCAUCGAGGACUUCCUUCCGUCUCAUUUCAACUACCUGCAGUUCGCCUAUUACAACAGUGGAGACUAUGAGAAGGCGAUCGAGUGUGCCCGGACCUAUUUGCUGUUCUUCCCUAAAGAUGAAGUGAUGCUUCAAAACCUGGCGUACUAUACAGCAGUGCUUGGAGAGAGCCUUGCAAAGCUGAUCCUCCCCAGAGAGAACGUCCGGGCCUACCGACAGCGUAGCCUGCUGGAGAAGGAGCUGCUUUUUUUUGCCUAUGAUGUCUUCGGCAUCCCCUUUGUGGACCCGGAUACGUGGACUCCAGAAGAGGUGAUCCCCAAGAGGCUGAGAGAGAAACAGAAGGUGGAGCGAGAGACGGCGGCUCGCAUCUCGGAAGAGAUCGGCAACCUCAUGAAGGAGAUCGAGACCCUGGUGGAGGAGAAGACCAAGGAGUCCACGGACCUGAGCAAGCUCGUGCGGGAAGGAGGACCUUUGGUGUAUGACGGGCUCAGCGUCACCCUGAACUCCAAGCUGCUGAAUGGCACCCAGCGGGUGGUGGUGGACGGAGUCCUCUCGGAGGAGGAGUGCCGCGCCUUGCAGAGGCUGACCAACGCCGCUGCCUCCGCUGGGGAUGGCUAUCGGGGGAAAACCUCCCCUCACACGCCCAGCGAGACUUUCUAUGGCGUGACUGUCUACAAAGCCCUCAAGCUGGGACAGGAAGGCAAGGUGCCUCUGCAGAGCGCCUACCUCUAUUACAAUGUGACGGAGAAGGUCCGACGCGUGAUGGAGUCCUACUUCCGCCUGGACGUCCCGCUGCAUUUCUCCUACUCCCACCUGGUCUGCCGUACUGCGAUUGAAGACAAACAGGCGGACCGGACGGAUCCCAGCCACCCUGUGCACGUGGACAACUGCAUCCUGAACGCGGAGGCCUUGGUGUGCCUUAAGGAACCGCCCGCGUACACGUUUCGCGAUUACAGUGCCAUCCUCUACUUAAAUGGCGAUUUUGAAGGAGGAAACUUUUACUUCACUGAGCUGGACGCUACAACGGUGACAGCGGAAGUGGCGCCCCAGUGCGGUCGGGCCGUGGGCUUCUCCUCAGGCUCGGAAAACCCUCACGGCGUGAAGGCUGUGACCAAGGGCCAGCGCUGCGCCAUCGCCCUGUGGUUCACCCUGGACCCCCGCCACAGCGAGCGGGAGAGGAUCCAAGCUGAUGACCUGGUGCGGAUGCUAUUCAACAUGGAGGAAGCGCAGCUGUCUCCAGAGCAGGGCCCGGCCAACCCUCCCCCAGGCCCGACGGAAGUGCCUGGACCGGCUCCGGCGUCAGGGAAAGACGAAUUGUAAAGACCCCCUCCCUUGAGCAGCAAGAACUUUGGGGGCACUGAAAGAGGGAGAGUAACCUGUGGAUCGGGGCCUUUCUCCAGCCAGUGAGGAGGACGGGUCCUCACUAGUUCCUCGGUGCCGGGGCGUACAUCCCUCAGGGUGCAUUUGCUCUGGCCUCCCGGGAUGUGUGGAAGGCGGAUGGGGGAGAUCGUUCCCAGGUACCCUCUGCCCCCUCCUCUCCCCCACCCUGGCGGUUCGGCUUCUCAGAGGCCAGAAUGCCUCUUUCGCCAGUACGCCAUGUUGACGCCAGUUCCGUUUUUUGUAUGACUAUUAGGAAUUGCCUCUGGUUGGAAGCAGGGAAGCCCUCCAGCAAACUGGGGGGGGGGGCUGUCAGAGUCGGGCACGUGUCCCUCUGAAAGAAGCUCCUCCCCUGGCACUCCGAGGGGCAGCCCCUGCCCUGUAGCACCCCAACUUCCCCCGAGGGAAGAGGGAAAGAGCAGGCCCGUAACUGUCGUCUGACCUUCUCCCUCGCUUCAACCCUUCAAGCACAAAGCCACCUCCGCGGGCGUCUAACCGUGUGCACUGCGAAUUAUCCAGUGGGUAGGAGAGUCCCCACCCCACCUCGGUGCCUGGAGAUGCCACUCCACCUGGUCCCCUUAAAAUUAAAAUCCGUGAACGCAUGUUAGAAACCAAAGAAUCCCCAAGCGCACACCCUUCCAGUGCCUUCUGCACAAGCCGAGUUUUAGGGACCCCGGUCUCGGUGCUGUGGAGCGGAUGGACGGACGGACAUCGUUUUGAUUAUAGGUUAGGAAAUGUUUCCUUUGCUGGGACAGGUUCUGGUUCAGCCCGAGGUGUCAGUUCGCAGCCAGCGGGCCAGCUUUGCCGCAGCAAGCGCCACGUCGUACGAGGCCCCACCUUGGCCAGAAAGCCCCCUGGAAAGACCGGGGGGCAGUCACCCUCUCCCAGCCUGGCCUACCUCACUGUGUUGUCGUGGGGAGGCAACGUGGGUAUAUCGCCUGGAGAUCUGUAGAGGCAGGGUGCCAAAAAGUUAACCCAAGGGCAGUGUUCCUGCCCCCGACCAGCUACGGCAACUGCUGAAUAAAAUCUUUAUUACUUUUUCAGACUAA